UCCCGCGCCGUUGCAGACAGCGCCGUUACAGGCAGCGCCGUUACCGACGUAGGAUCGUAGCGGUUACCAAGCGCGCCUCGUCCCAGAUAAGCGCGCGCGCGCGCACGAGUUAAGAUCGGCGCGUGUUGCUAGGUUCGCUUUGAUUCGCACUCCGGGUGGAGAGAACGCGGUCGGGAAAUAGCCCCGUUGACCUGGAUUCAAUUAUGACUCGACCGAAAUAUUUAAUUUACGGACGGGCAACCGGCAACGGGGGAGAGGGGCCGAGGCGACACGCGAGGUCUCGAUCAUCCGGACGAGCGUUGCGCGAUAAUGAAGCUAAUUAUUGUCCGGGCACCCGCGACAGCUCUCCUCUCCCGCGUAACGAACGCGACAGGCAGGGGCGUGUAAAAUUCAAUGAUCCAACGGUAUAAAAGGAGCGUAUGACUUACUUUGUUUUCCACAACGAGUGAUAUCAUUGCUGGCGCGAUAGGGGGAAUUGCGUAACGUAAUCGAUGAUGAUCGAUCGGAUAGGCAUUUUACCAUCGCCGAUUAAUUGCGUACAACAGGACGGCAAAGCGCGCUUCGUCGCGAACGCGUGAAAAAAUAUAUCUGGAAACACGCUGUUUUCGGAUUAAUAGAAUACAAUUGAGGCUUCGUGCGUUUAAUAAAUAAAAAUUAUACAAAUAAAAUAUGCUACCGUAUUCGCUCGAUUCUCCAGAACGUGAAAUAAAAAAUGUACUCGCACGUUACGGUGAAAACAUCCCGUUUUCAGAUUAGCAAGACAUAAUUGAUACUUCGUGCGUUUAAUAAAAUUAUACGAAUAAAAUAUACCAGCGUAUUUGCCCGAUUCUCUAGAACGCGAAAUAAAAAAUGUAAUCGCACGUUACAUUACGGCAAUUACGCCGAGUUUGGAGGGAAACAAUUUUGUUAAGUGACUCCCCUUCCCAAAAUAUACGCUCAGGGAAAUAUAGCUUCAAACUGCUGCUGAAAAAGCGUUAAGCAAAAGUUUCUUCUUAACGUGCUUUUGCAACUUUUGAGAAUUCUUCCUGAGAAAAGUAUUGAUACCCUAGUAGCACAAUAUAUUGGCGCAAUAUUGGGUUGUUUAAAAAGAAAAGCAUCCCGUCGUCAAUUAUACACCUCGUUAUACGAUGAUACUUAAUUACGCCGAGUUGCAGACAUAGGGGCAGUAUUAUCGAUAAGCCGUGAUAUCGGCAUACAUUUCAAGUAUAGAAUUCAAUAGGAGGUCAGUGCGACGUUAUCGAAGUGUUAGAUCACGGCUGAUAAAAAAAGAAAUAUGAUAUUUACGACAUGUCGCGACCCGGUAUGAGUCUAUCAAUUUCGGAGAUUAUCUAAAUCAUUCCGAUCGAAUCCUCCACUUAUAAUGACAUACAGAAUGUAUAUUAAAUGGAGGAUUUUUUUACUAUGUCCCGGAGAGUGUCCGAUCACCGCUGCGACGUGUACGCCAAAAAUAUAUCGUCAAUAGAGAGUCAGUAACGAGUGUAUAUGAAAAAAAAAUUGCGUGCAGACUACAACAUAUUGGAUAUUGCAAUCUUUAUUUAUACUUUUGCAAGACGUGACUGACUGCAAUUCAACAAUGUGGUGUUUGGACACGCGUAAGCUAUGAUCUUGUACUCCGAGAGGGAUUUGUAAUGCCACCUCGUGUGCUAUCGCCUCGUCAUAAUCUUUAAUAUAUUAUUUAUUGUUCACGUUUACUGCCACGACUUCCCUAACUUUGUUAAUACAUUUUAUCAUUGUUUGACCGUCACUGACACUGCUCGGACUCCUUUCGUGGUUACUUAUACUUUUAAUAUUACUGACUGCUCCUACUGACUUAAAAUUAAUGUUAAUCUAUUUAUUAUAAUUCUUGAUUAUUAUUGAUUAUGGGUAUUUUAUCAUCAUCAAAGAUGCCUUUCAAAAUCUUCCAUCUUUGUACAUAUGGAUACUAUGCGGUAAUCAUCGCCGCAUUAGCGAUCGUCGCAGCUGAAGUAUCCGCGAGCAAAAUUACGGGUAAAACACCUGUAAGGAAGCCUGAGUGUCCGUCCUCAGGCACCACCAACGUGCCUCACCCGAAGGACUGUACCUUAUAUUACAUUUGUCAGGACGGCAAGGGCACGCUUAAAGAGUGUCCCAAUGGCCUGCACUUCAAUAACGUUUUCAAGCAGUGUGACUGGCCGCCGGCAGGAUGCCUUCCCGGAAUGCCUCGGCCAGAGACUCAACCGAAUAUUCCUUCCGAAAGAAAGGAGGAAGAAAAUACGUCUUCACGUGGCUGCGUCGGCACGUGUCCGUCUAUAGAUCCCAUGGAUAGAACGAUACUUCUGCCUUAUAGGCAUGACUGCACCAAGUUCUGCUCAUGCAGUAACGGCACCCCGUUUAUCAUGUCUUGCCCGGCUGGAUUGCACUUCGACAAGGCAAAAUCCAUCUGCAAUUGGCCGACGAUAGCCAAGUGCCCGUGGAAGAAGAGCAAACGGUAUACAGCGUGUAUAUACAUAGUGGCCCUUUUUUAUGUGGCCAUACUGGGCGUUGAUGCCUUCGACGAAUCACCGGUGGCCGGCAUUUUGGCAAAAUGCCCCGAGACCAACCCAAAAAAUGAAACAGUCUUUGUGCCCCAUGAUACUGACUGCACAAAAUUCUACAGUUGUCACAUGGGAGUAAAAGGCGAGCCAUUAAAUUGCCCUUUCAUGGAUAAAAACGGCAAUAGAUUGCACUUCAAUCCCAAACUUCAAGUAUGCGAUUGGCCGUGGAAUGCAGGAUGUACGACUCCGACGCCGACGACUCCGACGCCGACAACCCCGACGCCGACGACUCCGACGCCGACGACUCCGACGCCGACGACCCCGACGCCGACGACCGCGACGCCGACGACUCCAACACCGACAACCCCGACUCCGACGACUUCGACGCCGACGACUCUGACACCGAGUUCUCCGACGUCGACGACUCCGUCAUUGGAUUCUUGCGUAUCCGAUGGAAGGAUACAUAUGAUUCCCCAUGAGACUUUGUGCGAUCAUUAUUAUUCGUGUUUCAACGGCAUUGUAGAUUCCGUCCCUCAGAAAUGCGACCGCGAUUUAUUAUUCAAUCCAAAGCUCCGUGUAUGCGAUUAUCCGGAAAAUGUUAAGUGUAAUAAUAUUCCGCCGAGUACGGAUAUUGUGACGUCAACUAUCCGCUCAUUAAUUACACCCUCGAUGCCGUUCACUUCGUCAUUGUUUUCUCCAUUGUCGACGGAAUCAGUAGAUCCAUCUGCCUGGAUUUGCGUACCAAACGGCAAGCGAUAUAAGGUUCCUCAUGAGAUUAUGUGUGAUUACUAUUAUUGGUGUGCCAACGGUAUAAAAGGCACGCAGCCGGUAAAAUGCAAGAGUAAUUUAUUAUUCAAUCCAGUGGCCGGUGAAUGUGAUUACCCGGAAAAUGUAGAUUGCUCUGGUAGAAGUACUUCAUGGCCAGAUACCACAACGACUGAAAGGUGGACACCGCCUACGAAACCACCACCAACGGACCCACCUCCAACGAAACCGUCUCCAACGGAACCAUCUCCAACGGACCCACCUCCAACAAAACCGUGUCCAACGGAACCACCUCCAACGGACCCACCUCCAACGAAACCGUCUCCAACGGAACCACCUCCAACGGACCCACCUCCAACGAAACCGUCUCCAACGGAACCACCUCCAACGGACCCACCUCCAACGAAACCGUCUCCAACGGAACCACCUCCAACGGAACCACCUCCAACGGAACCACCUCCAACGAAACCGUCUCCAACGCAACCACCUCCAACGGAACCAUCUCCAACGGAACCUCCAACAACAAGAGAUCCUAACAAACCCCGUGAGAACUGUCCUGCUAAGGGCUCACCGGAGAAAGGACGGAUUGCUCACCCAUGCCUAUGCAAUCGUUAUUACGAAUGCGUAGACGGCGAAAAGAUAUUAUUGACGUGUCCAAUCGGCAAGCACUUCGAUUGGGUGAGAGAAGUUUGCGAUUGGGCCGCAGUAGUGAAGUGUAUUCGGCCGAUUCCGACCUUCGACAUUCUAAUGGACGAUGGCUAUGAUUCCACAUGUGCUCCAGAGGGCAGAGCAUUUCCGCACGAGACCGAUUGUUCCGCCUAUUAUUUAUGCACCAACGGUCAGACGAUUUUGACCUACUGUUUGGAAGGACUUCACUUCAAUAUGACCAUCCAGACAUGCGAUUAUCCGGAAAAAAGUUGCGAUCUAAAUGCACCCCUACCGACAAUCAGUUUGGACACUUGCCCUUCUACAUAUUCCACGGAGAAAGUAUUUUUAUCACACGAAUGUGAGUGCAGGCAGUAUUACGAAUGCGUUGGUGGAAAGCAAGUUCUCCGAUCUUGCCCGAACGGAAUGCAUUUCGAUGGCGUUCGACAAAUUUGUAACGAUCCGACUAAAGUCACAUGUAUCGCAACUUCGACAAGGACCGUAUCUACAACUGCGCCAACUACGAGAGCUAUUAAUAAACCUCGCACAACGUGUCCUCCCAAGGGAUCAUCCGAGAGUGCACGGUUUCCUCAUCCAUGUCUAUGCAAUCAGUAUUACGAGUGCGUGGAAGGCGACAAGAUAUUACGAACAUGUCCGAUCGGCACAUACUUUGACGACGCGAAAGAAGUUUGCAAUUUGGCCGCCAAAGCGAAAUGCACCCGGCCGCUUCCGUCCCACAAUAUCCUAAUUGGCGACUACGAUACUAAAUGCUCCCCAGAUGGCAGAAGGUUUCAGCACGAAUCAAGUUGCACCGAGUAUUAUUUAUGCUCAAAGGGUAAGAAAAUCUUGAAGUCCUGCUCAGAAGGACUUCACUUCAACGUUACUAUACAGAUGUGCGAUUAUCCGGAAAAGAAAUGUGAUCGAGUUACACCUCGGCCGACAAUCUCUCUAGAUGUUUGCCCUCCCGCAGGCUCCACAGAGAAAGUAUGGCUGUCUCACGAGUGCGAAUGCACGCAGUAUUACGAGUGUGUUGACGGAGAACGGGUUCUUCGAGACUGCUCGGAUGGUCUGCACUAUGAUCACAUUCGUCAGAUUUGCAAUGAGCCGACCGAAGUCAAGUGCGCCAACUUCGCGCCGUUGCCGACGGUUCCCACGGAUUGGUCAUCCGGUAUUCCCAAUUUGAAUACAAGAUGUUACGACGAGAAUAGCGAGACGCCUCACGAACACGACUGCAGGUUCUACUAUAAGUGCAGCAACGGCAAGAAGAUCUUGAAGACGUGUCCUGAAAACUUAUACUUCAAUCCGACGCUUCGAGUCUGUGAUUUUUCGGAGAACGUCGCCUGCCAUUCGGAAUCUGCAAACUUACCUACUGCGUCAACGUCAACCAAGUGUCGCGCGACGACAGGAACCAUCAAAAUUCCUCACGAGACCGAUUGCAAUCUAUAUUACGUUUGCGAAGAUGGCAUUGAUACUCUUAAAACAUGCCCUCCAAAGCUCGUUUUCAAUUCUAUUCUGAAAGUCUGUGAUUUCCCAGAAAAUUAUAUUUGCAACGUGAUCAGCGCAAAGGACGAUUAUAAAAAGGAAGAUAAGACGAUGAUUCAAAACCUUGACCCGUCUACCUGCAUCGGUACCUGCCCUGAAGAAGAUCCCGUGUAUGCAGUGUUACUUCCAAACGAUGAUUGCAAGAAAUUCUGCAUAUGUAGCGGCGGCGUGGCGUGGGUCCAACCGUGUCCUGAGCCUCUCUAUUUCGAUUCUGUACACAAGGUUUGUAAACGGAAGAAGGAUGCUGUUUGUGGGAAGCGUUCAUUCGAUCAAGGUGAUGCUUUCACAGCUCGUAAGGUAGCCGACGAUGACAAUUCGCCACAACUUUUGACCGAAAAGACCGACAAAGACUAUAGCGACUUGCCUAAAACACAUUUUUACAAUCUCGAUCCGUCUACGUGUAUCGGCACUUGUCCAGAAGAAGAUCCCGAGUAUGCAGUGCUGCUUCCAAAUGACGACUGCAAAAAGUUUUGCUUGUGCAGCAAUGGUUUGGCGUAUGUCCAGCCGUGUCCUGAACCACUUUACUUUGAUUCCGUGGAUAAGGUUUGCAAACAGAAGAAGGACGCCGUUUGUGGGGUACGCUCGUACGAUCCCUCAUUGAUGAUCUACGAGAAGGAUUUGAUAUCUGGAAGCGACGAGAAUUAUGAUGAACGUGAAAUAUAUCAUAACCCUUGGUACCGGCGUUUCGAUAAUGUCAAUCCGUUUAUGUGCAUCGGCAUUUGUCCUGAGGAAAAUUCCGAAUAUAGAAUGUUACUUCCGCACGAGGACUGUAGGAAGUUCUGUGUAUGCAACAAGGGUUCGACAUACGUUCACGCAUGCCCUGAACCACUUUACUAUCAUUACGUGGAUAGGAUCUGCAGAGAGAGAAAGCAUACCGUUUGCGCAACCAUAAUUAGCGUAGAGGACGAUGAAGAAUAUUCAGAGGAAUAUCUGAGCGAUGAGAGUAACGAACGUAGAAGACAUAACGGUUUGUGGCCACCCUUCCAUAGUAUCAUUCCGUCUACUUGCAUUAAUACGUGUUCUGAGAGUGACUACAUGUCUGCAGUGUUACAUCCAAAUGAGGACUGUAAGAAAUAUUGCUUAUGCAGCAGAAAUGGGAUCAGAAUCUAUUCGUGUCCCGAGGAUCUUUACUUCGAUUCAAUAGAUAAAAGAUGUAAACGGAGGAGGGAUACAGUUUGCGCGCUCAGCCGAAAUGACGGUACGAUAAGUAAAGAAGUCAUUGGCAAGGAAAGGACAGAUACUGUAAGCGAAGAAAUCAGCGACCGCGAAGUAUAUACCUCGUCUAAUAUACCUGUAUACCCUUGGUUUUACGGCUACCUGGAUACAUCUACCUGUAUAGGUACUUGUUCUGAAAACUCUAACUAUGCACUCCUGCUUCCAAACGUGGACUGCAAAAAGUUCUGUAUAUGUAGUAGCAAUCAGAUGUGGAUUCUGUCAUGUCCUAAUCAAUUUUAUUACGAUUCUGUAGAUAAGAUUUGCAAAUCGAAAAACAACGCCAAUUGCGCGAUAAAUCCGUUCAAUAAAAAUCGACCUUUUAUGUCUAACACAGUGGUUGACAAAAAUAAUCUGAAUGGAGAGAAAAACCAUGAAGGCAGUACACGUAAUGGCAUCUCGUCGAAAUUAUAUUUCUCGACUUAUCAAUCUUCCAACAAUCUUGACCCAUCUACUUGUAUCGGUACCUGUCCGGAAGAAGAUCCAGAGUAUGCAGUUCUACUUCCAAACGACGAUUGCAAGAAAUUCUGUAUGUGCAGCAACGGAAUAGCGUGGGUUCAACCAUGUCCCGAGCCUCUCUAUUUCGAUUCCGUAGAUAGAGUUUGCAAACUGAAAAAGGACGCAGUUUGUGGAAAACGAUCCUUGAGCAAAGAUAAUAUUGUAACGAUCGCUAACGAUAAUGACAAUUUGUCGAAAUCCUUUAUUACAGAAAAUAAUAACGAACGCGGCACAUAUGACAAUCUCGAUCCGUCUACUUGUAUCGGUACCUGUCCGGAAGAAGAUCCCGAGUAUGCAGUUCUACUUCCAAAUGACGACUGCAAGAAAUUCUGUAUGUGUAGCAACGGCAUAGCGUGGGUUCAACCAUGUCCCGAGCCUCUCUAUUUCGAUUCUGUAGAUAGAGUUUGUAAAAGAAAAAAAGAUGCUGUGUGCGCGGUACGCCAGUUAAUGUAAUAAAGAUCACUGUUUCACAAUUGAUAAAUAAUGAUUGCCAAUGAAUCUGUAGCUGCUCCGAGCGAGGAACAUGAUGGCAGUCAUUUUAGUUGAAGUUUUAUUUCAGUUUCACUUUUUAUUUUACUUAUAAAUCUCUAUGUUCACUUUUCUUAUAAUUUAACACUGAAUAAUGUGAUAAUGUUAGUUGUUGAAACAAUUCUGAAACAAAAUUCCGUUUUUAUUUGAAGUAAUCAUUCGUCGAUAAUUAUUUAUUUAUAGAAUAAUAAAAUGUUAUAAUCUAACAGUGCCGCCAUAUUAUACAUAUUGUAACUUAUAAUUGCUGAAAGCUAUUGUUUACUUUUUAAUUAAAAUUACUAUAGGUAUAUAUAAUAAAUUAUCGAGU